UUUUGUUUCGCACGUUAGGUAUGAGGUUUAGAAGACGGGUCCAAGCAGCAAACAUGGCGGGCAGCUGCCGCUUGUUUACACAAGAAACAUGGAAAAACUGGGACAAAUCUGGCAAGGGAGAAGUGGUCCAGAUGAUAAAGCAGCUGAUCAAAGAUAAUCCAGAUAAUCCAGGAUUAUCCAAACCUAACCAAGUCAAAGACCUCUCUCGUGCUCUCUACGAACUCCUUUCUGCAAUCUUGAAAGGCCAACUUCGAAGAGAUUAUGCACGACCUCUUCUCACAGAUAUGAUUAAUUGGCAUCCAGAUAUGGCCUCACAGCUGGUGGAAGUAUCAACACUGCUGGAUCUGGAGACGUCUACCAUUGAUCGACUCAACAAAAAUCGUGACCAGUUUUUGGCACUGCUCAAGUCCCUUGAUGCAGAUAAACUGAUGAAGGAAAGAUUAGAAAUUGAAACUUUAGGAGAAGGAGGCAUUGUUAAGAAUAAGAAAAAUUUUCACACAAAGCAGAUUAAAGUCAAGACCAAAUUAUUUUAUAAACAACAGAAAUUUAACCUAUUACGUGAAGAGACUGAAGGCUACGCCAAGCUUAUAACUGAACUCAAUCAAGACAUAAGCAGCAGAGUAACACCGAGCUCCAUCAUUGAAGUUAUACGUAGCCUUAUUGGUGGUUUUAAUUUGGAUCCAAAUCGAGUGUUGGAUCUUAUAUUGGAAUCAUUAGAAUGCCGUCCAGAGCAACACCAGUUUUAUACCGGUCUGCUGAAUCUAUACCCCUGUGAGUCGGCCACCAUUAGUGAGCUGCUUGGGUUCAAGCUCAACACCUACUCAAGCAGUGGAAAGGAUGCAAAAGGAAUCUAUACGACAAUUGCCCUACUUAUACAGGCUGAUAUUUUAAAACUUUCAGAUAUUUAUAUAUGGUUAACACCAGAGGAUUCAGUAAUGAUUGAAGACUACCAGAAGGAGGAAAAUGAGGCAAGGGAAAUUGCCCACAAAGUAAAUAUAGUUUCCACUAAAGACAAGGAUAGAGAAAAAGAAAAGGAAAAAGAAAGAGAAGAUGAAGAAAAAGAAAAAGAUGAACAUAGGCACUUUGAAAGAUACAGCACUAACCAAAAGAUUCAACUCUGCGUUGCUCUGUUAAAGGUUGGUGCGUGGGAACACUUCGUGGAACUCUCAAGACGCUUCCCAGAUUAUUACCUCGUAUCUAUUCAUCCUGUUAGUCAAGCCCUUUGCCAGUUGAUACAUGCUACUAUUGAACCAAUUUACAGAAAGGUGUGCACUCUACCUAGUCGACUCAAAGGGACGGUUGUUGAACUACUCAAUAACCCACUGGCUCCUCGGCCAGCAUAUAACUUCAAUGAUGUGUGUACAACAAUAUUUCCGAUGCUAAGCACUUUGGGGCCACAUCUGUACAUCGACCCUGGCCUAAUGUACAAGGUUCUCCGUGUAGCCCGAGUGGCACUAAAACAGGUUAAAGUUGGAGCUGAUGGAGUUCGCAACACAUUCUAUUAUGAGUUCCUUGAUGUUUUGGAUGAAGCUCUUCUUCCAUCGCUCUCCAUGCUGGACUCCAACCCGUGCCUCGCUGAAGAAAUUUGGGACACCCUAAAGAUGUACCCCUAUCAGCAUAGAUACAAGCUUUAUGGGCGGUGGAAAAAUGAGUCGAGUAAUCAGCAUCCCAUGCUUGUGAAGCAUCACGCUAGACUCCUCAAGAAGGCCAAAUUUAUUAUGAUGCGAAUCACGAAGGAGACCAUAAAACCUGUGAGUCGGGGAAUUGGCAAACUCACUCACAACAAUCCAGGACCAGUUUUUAAUUAUAUUUUGAUACAAGUUCAGCUAUAUGAUAACCUCAUUACUCCAGUUGUGGACAGUUUCAAGUACCUAACAUCUCUCUCGUAUGACGUUCUGGGCUACUGCAUUGUCGAAAUCCUCUCUGAAAAUAAGGACAGAAUAGCUAUUGAUGCAACAAACAUAUCUUCAUGGUUACAGUCACUAGCAAGUUUCUGUGGGUUUGUAUACAAGAAGUAUAUCAUAGAUUUGGGUGGAAUUCUUCAGUUUGUUGCAAAUCAACUGAAGGCUGAAAAAUCUAUUGACCUGCUUAUCCUGCGGGAAAUUGUUCAGAAAAUGGGUGGUACGGAUACCCUUGAGGAUUUAACGCCAGAACAGCUGGAUGCUAUGUGUGGAGGGGAGUUGCUGCGCCGGGAGGCGGGUCAGUAUCAACAGGAAAGAAACACAAAGAGGUCUUCCAUUCGUCUCAAGGAAGCUCUCUUGGAGAACAAAUUAGCAAUUCCUUUGUUGUUGCUCAUGGCUCAACAGCGCUCAUCUGUAGUAUACAAUCAGACCGAGUCUCCUCAUCUCAAGCUGGUUGGGAAGCUUUAUGACCAGUGUCAAGACACAAUGGUGCAAUUUGGUUCAUAUCUCUUUCAAGUAGUGACAAUCGAAGAGCUUAGUGAUCGCUUGCCUAGCAUUGGUACUCUUCUGUCAGACUGCCACAUUAAUGCAGAUGUUGCAUUCUUCCUUGCACGUCCACUGUUUAUACACAUGCUAAAUUCAAAAUACGACGAGCUGAGACGUCAGGACAAGGGAGAGAAGAAGUUAACACUGGAGCAAAAGAAGCUGCGUUACAUUGAAGCUUGUAAUGAUGUGUUUGUGCCGAUUGUUUCCAGCAUCAGACCUCACUUCAGCAUUAAAGUGUGGGAGGAUAUGGAUCCUUCAUUCUUCCUCACUUUUUGGACCCUAACAAUGUCUGAUCUGGAAGUGCCUGUACACAUGUAUGAAAAGGAAAUCAAGAAAAUUGAUCCAAAUGCAUCGGCAAAUAAGAGGAAGAAGGAAGCGGAUCGCUUACUAGCAUUAAAGGAAAAACUCCAGGAGGAGGAAAAACGGCAGAAAGAGCACGUUGAUCGUGUUCACGCUAGAUUACAGCAGGAAAAGGACCGUUGGUUCAUGCUGCGUGCUGCACGGUCUCCCAAGAAUGACACAGUUACAGCUUUUCUUCAGCUUUGUCUAUUUCCACGGUGCACCUUCACAGCUCUAGAUGCUAUAUACUGUGCUAAGUUUGUGAAGAUGCUGCAUAACCUCAAAACUCCAAACUUUUCUACGCUCAUUUGCUAUGAUCGCAUGUAUUGUGACAUAACCUACACAGUAGCCUCAUGCACAGAACAGGAGGCAAGCAGAUAUGCAAGAUUCCUGCUGGGGACCUUGGAGACAGUGAUGCAUUGGCAUGCAUCACAAACUAACUAUGAGAGAGAGUGUGCCAACUACCCAGGGUUUGUCACUAAAUAUCGUGUCUCCAGGCAGGAAGCAAAUGAUUAUGUAGACUAUGAAAACUACCGCCAUGUCGUUCAUAAGUGGCACUAUAAAAUAACAAAGGCUCUGGUGACAUGCUUGGAGAGUAGGGACUACAUUCAGAUACGCAACGCAAUCCUUAUUCUACAAGGGAUUAUUCAGCGGUUUCCUGCCAUUAGCAACCUUGCUGCAGUCAUAGAGAAAAGAAUAGAAAAGGUUAAAAUGGAAGAGCGUAGCCAUCGAAACGAUCUUUAUGUUCUAGCUAAUAGCUACUCGGGCCGACUAAAAUCCAUCAAACCCAACAUCAUGCCUGAGACAGAGUUCCACAUUGUCCCUAAACGUCCUCAGGCAGCAAAGGUUGUUAAUGGAACACCAGAGAACACCAAUACCCCUUCAGGAGGUGAAGCAAAACCAAGUGGAGAGUCGAUAGAAAAUAAGAUUGGGAAGAUGAUAGUCGCUGACUCUACUAAUGGGGAUGUGGAGCUCAAGGAUGAGAAAGACGACAAGGAGGCCAAGAAGGCAGAGGUAUCCAGCAAAUCUUCUAAGGAUAAAAAAGAAACUAUAGAGAAAAAAGGUAAUGAUGAUGUAGAAAUUAAAAAGGAGGACAAGGAGAAGAAAGAAAAAGAGAAAGACAGAGACAAGAAGGAGGACCGGGAGGAGAAAUCGAGGAAGAGAUCUAAGGAGUCUAAAAGAUCAAAGUAUGAGGAUGAGGACUUUGGGGAGCCAGAAAGAGAUGAGCGAACUUCAGGGGGCAAUGCAGAACGGGAACGGGAGAGCAGUGUCACGUCCAACACGUCAUCAACCUCAACGAAGAUGGAGCCACCUGAAGUUUCUCCAAGAGGGUCAAAGCGACGCAAGACUGAACAUAGCUCCAAGAGUCGUAACAAAGAUGAAGGCACACGCAGGGAGCACAAGCACAAGGAACGAUCAAAAUCACAGGAACCAGAUUCUGACGGGCCUACCAAAGAAAGCAAAAAAGAAAAGAAAGAAAGAAAAAGGGAUCGUUCUUCAGACGAAGCAGCAGAUGGUGAUUUGAAACGAAAAAAGGGUAAUGAUGAGAGAUUAAAGUCCAAUGGGCGGUCUGAUGAUGAUCACAAACACAGACACCAGCAGCAUCGGCGAGUAUCCGGCCGUAGAUGUUCCAGGCAUCUCAAGGCUGAUAGUGAAGAGUAUCAUGAUCGAUACAUGAAUGAAAGUCGUGGGAAAGACCAUCGAGAGUGCGAUUAUGAGCGUGAAUAUGAACGGGAUUAUGAAAAGCAUCCUUCAAGUAGACACAAGCGUAAGAAUUAACCACUCAUGAUGAAGCAUCGGAAUACUGAUAUUUUUUUUAUUUUUUUUUUUUAUUUUUUUUUGCCAGAUUUUUGUUGUCUAUUAUAAAAUGUUUCUAUGAUCUGUUUAGUGUCUGUUCUCUAUUUUUAUGUAUUAAAAAUAAAUAAACUUAAUUAUGUUGUGGCCUUGAUUGAAGCGCCUCGUGAAUAUAAAAUUAAAACAUACGAGAAUCUUAUGUUCAGUAUCUUUUUCUCCUGGCAACAUGUCUAUUGUUUAAUUUUGUAUAAUUUGAUUCAUCUGUCUCCCAUCUGGCACCUGGAAGGUCACUCUUACAAGGGACUUUGCAAGGCACUGUAUAAGACAGUUUUUUAUUUCAUUUGAUACAUUAACCAGAAUAGUUCACUCUGAGAAUCAGUAUGUUUGAUGAGUGUGCACAUCAAACACAGGCAUCUGUAUACAAUUCACACAUACUUUCUUAGAUGUAUACCUAUGUGCAUAUGUUACUUUUUUUUUUUACCAAAAUGAUUUUGUUGUUGAAGUACAGUACAGUGCAUUAGUAAUUAACCAGUAUCCUGCAUAUUAAAACUGUAUGUUAUACAGUUUUAACAAUAGAGUAUAUACAAUGCAUAUACUGUCUUGUUAAAGGAAUGUUCAAGGUACACACAGUUUAUAGCUGGUAUGUAGACAAUUUGUGUAGUUCAGUUCAUAGGUGAAAAUGUUAAUUCCAUUUACACCAGAUCUACAUUGAGUGUUGGGACACCAUGUGUGUGUACACCUGUGUGUGCACGUUGUGCGUAUGUGCAUGUUUUAUGUGUGCAUGUUGUGCUUGUUUGUGCAUGUUUUAUAUGUGUGCAUGUUGUGUAUGUGUGCAUGUUGUGUGUGUGUGCGCGUGUGGGCAUGUUAUGCCUGUGUGUGUUUCAGUGCAUAUAUGGCAUAGGUUUAGAUAUUAAGUUCACAGAUGCCGUGUGUGUUUAUUUUCAGACUGUAAGUGUUUUGCUUAGGGGUAUUUAUACCACUCACAUGUUCAGGUUUUUACCCAAUAUGCAGGUUGUGUACUCCCUCCACAUACACUGUGUGUGUGUGUGUGUGUGCUCUACAUACAUGUUACAUUUUAUGUGUAUGGCUUGAAUAUGGGCAUUCAAGCCCUUCACUAAAUGCCCAUAAAGCUUGUGUAAAGAUGACAAGUAGGGGUUCUGUGGUCAAAUAAUAAAUAAUUCACAAGGCAGUAGAGUUAGAACCUGUGCUUUUGUGCUAUAAUAAGAACCUCUUCAACCUCUUCGGGUAAACUUAUCAAUAACUUUUGACCUCCUCAUAUCCAAUUUGUGGUUAUACGAUUAAUUUCCAAUUAAGAUUGGAACGAUACUAAGAAUAUACUAAGAAUACCGUGUCUACUUUCAACACUUAUUAUGUCAGUAACUUACCCUCCCACUGAUCAUGUCAGUGGUUACCAGUCAAUUUUUAUAUACCUCUUUUUGACCUAGUUUUGUGACUGUUAGGUAGGACCCUUAUUGCAGGGGUAGAAGCUCUGGUUCCAGUUUUCUUUGUUUGCUAGUGAGACGGGUAUCGUAUGUUACUCAUUUGAUGUGUGGUUCACAUAUACAAUGAUGCAUGUUCAGCCCAAAUUCUGAGUAUUGUCAUCAAGCCACAUGUGUAGAUGUUCAUGUAUGCCAUGAGUGUGGUGUUCACUCCAUGUACACCAUAUGUGAUUAUUCAGUGUAAAUACUGUACACAGUGUGUGUGUGUGUGGAUGUUUAGUAUAUAUACAUUACAUGUGAGGCUGCUGUUGAUUACAUACACACCAUGUGUGAGGCUGAUGUUGAGUACAUACACACCACAUGUGAAGCUAAGUAGAGUACAUAUACACAUAUGUGGCUGAUGUUGAGUACAUAUACACCACAUGUGAAGCUAUGUUGAGUACAUAUACACAUAUGAGGCUGAUGUUGAAUACAUAUAAACCACAUGUGAGGCUGAUGUUGAGUACAGCCUCAUAAACACCAUAUGUGAGGCUGCUCAUUCAGCAUACAUCAUAGGUGCUUGCAUUCAGUCUUCAUAAGUCAUGACAUGACAGCCAAGUUUAUGUACUUCAUGUGGAUGGAUGUUUGAUAUAAAUACAAUGUGUAUGUAUGUGUAAAUGAUGAGUCUUUAUAUAUCAUGUUUGUGGCUCAUUCCCACUAUUCACCACAUACGCAAAUGUUUAAUAAAUUUAUAUAUCAUGUGUUUUAAGUGAGGGUGUAUCAUGUGUGAUAUGUUUGAAUGUUUGGCUAAUUUGAAUGUGGGUGUUGUGCAUAUGCAGCGUGGGUGUUCAGAAUUCAAUAUAAAGACCUUGAUUUUUUUUUUGGUCAUCAGUGUACACACACACACACGCACACACACUUUCAUACAUUUUCUCUUUCGUUAAUUCUCUCUUUCUUUCAGUCUUAUUCUAAUUCUCUUUCUCCUUCUUUUGUCGUCCUCCCUCAUCAUUCAUUCACUCACUCAUUGUGUGAAUUGGAAUGUGUGGUUGGUUUAUGUACUGAGUGAGUGGUGCCUAUAUUCCCAUAAAUGUGGAUGUCCUCCAUUAAACAUGUUGUCAUCCACAUGCAGCAUAUGUGAGGGCUUUGUCCAUAUCCACCGCAAGUGCUGAUGUUUUCUGCACGAGCCCAUGUUUGGUUAUUGAGUUCAGCUACACGAGGGGGUUUUUAGUCUGGGCGAAUGCGUACCUUUGAUGCUUUCUGUAUUUUUUAUUUGUAUCAAGGUUGUUCUAGUAUGUACAUGUUUGAGGUCACUAAAGCAACUUUGAAAUGUAUAAAUACUAGGGAGAGCACCAAGAGUAUGAAGUAGUCCAGGUUGAGAGCCUGUUUUAUACAUCACGUGCAGAAGUGCUCAGCCCACAUACCUUAAGUGUGAAAAUGUUUUCAUUUAAAGAAACUCGUCUUAACUUUAGUUCUUGUACUGUGAGAAUCAGCGCAUCAUGUAGGGCACUUCCUAAUGCCAUCAGUAACAUAGCUCAUAGUUUUACAUUGUGGUACAAAUUAUUGUAAAUAAUAAUAAUUAAUGUUUUCUAGACAUUUUCCUGUCUCCAGAUUAAUAGUUCUCCAGUAAGGAGUACUUUAGAAAGGUGAAAUUGUUUGUCUUUAAUAUUAUAAAAAAGUAUUUUAUAAAGGCUGAUUUCAUUUGUAUUUUCUUUUUAAUUGUAUGAUUUAUAUCAAAUAUGAUCCUUAAAUAUAAUGUAAAUUGUACAUUUUAAAAAUUAUGAUUAUUAAAAUGAGUUUUAAAUUUGUUUAAAAAGUCCAGAUUUACUGUACUCAACCCAAGCUGCAAGCUCAGGAUUUUGCUCAUCAAUUUUGAGUUAACUAUUAAUAUAUUGGUACUUAAUUCCAUAAAAAAACAUUUUCAAAUGAAAGUGAGUUUUUUUUCUCAAACUGUGUCAUCUUGUCUAAACAUCACUUAAUAUCACCUAAGAAAGUAUAGGAAUUUUAUUAAAUUUCAAAGGAUUACAUUUGCAAUAAUUUAAAAUUUAUAUAUCCAGAAAAUAUUUUAUAUUUUAAUAUAACAGUCUUGAAAAUAAUCAGUCCUAGAUCUCACUAAUGAGAUUAUAUUUUAUAUAUAAAAGUGCAAUCAACAAUUAUUUACGUUUUGGAUCAGCAUUUCCGGUUUUCUGUUUAAUGUAUAUAUAGUGAAGUUGAGCUGUGCAGUCACCAUUAUGUAUAGUGGAAUGGAGUUAUGCAGUCACCAUCAUGUAUAGUGAAGUUGAGCUGUGCAGUCACCAUUAUAUAUAGUGGAGUCAAGUUGUGCAGUCACCAUUAUAUAUAUAUAUAUAUUGUGGACUUGAGCUGUGCAGUCACCAUUAUAUAUAGUGGAGUUGAACUGUGCAGUCACCAUUAUAUACAGUUCUGCAUUUAAAUGGUGCAUAGUCAACAUUGUGUACUGAAGUUGGACCUUGCACAGUCAGUAUUAUGUAUACUGAAUAUAAACAUUGCAGUCAACAUUUUAUACAACCAGUUUGCGACAUGUAAUCUGUAAGGUAAAAUGGGAUUAAACAACUAUUUUAUUUUA